CAAAUGAGAUCGGACAUGGCGAGUGAUACGGUGGAAGGGUAUGCGAAUGAGAAACAGAAGACUGAGGAUUUGGCCAAGCACGUGGACGAGAAUGUUCUGAAGCACUCGCAUGACGCGGAUGCGGCGCUCAAAGCUUUCGAGGAGUUCGAGGGGCAGACGCUCGAGUUGAGCGAGGAGACGAACAAGAGGCUGCUGAGGAAGAUCGAUUGGCACUUGAUGCCGAUCAUGUGUCUUGUCUAUGGACUCAAUUAUCUCGACAAGACCACCCUCAGCUAUGCGUCAGUCAUGGGGCUUAGGCUGCCUUCAUCUGACGACAAACUCAAAAGUGGCAUUGAUUUGACCGGCUCAGAAUACUCGUGGCUUGGGAGCAUGUUCUACUUUGGCUACAUAAUAUGGGAGUAUCCAACUAGCCAACUGCUACAAAGACUCCCGCUAGGAAAAUAUUCGGCCUUCAACAUCAUCAUAUGGGGUUUGGUUCUUGCAUGCUUUGCGGCGGUGGAGAACUAUGCGGGAGCUAUGGCCAUCCGCUUCUUUCUGGGAGUCUUCGAAGCGGCUGUAACCCCUGGCUUUGCCCUUUUUACUUCGCAAUGGUAUACACGUAAAGAGCAAGGCCUUCGAACAUCAAUCUGGUUCAGCUUCAAUGGUUUUGCCCAGAUCUUCGGCGGUCUUCUCGCCUACGGCAUAGCAGUCGGAAGCCGCAAGCACGGCACUAUCCUAGAGCCGUGGAAAAUCAUUUUCCUCGUCACGGGGUUGCUCACGUCUGCCGUUGGCUUUCUGUUCCUCUGGAUAGUACCAGACAAUCAACUCAACUGUCGCUGGCUAAGCAAAGAAGAUCGGAUCCUUGCCAUCGAGCGAAUCCGUGUCAACGGACAAGGAGUGGGUAACAAGCACUUCAAAUUGUAUCAGCUCAAAGAGGCACUUCUUGAUCCUUUGAGCUGGUCCUUUUUCUUCUUCGCUUUAAUAGUCAGCAUUCCAAAUGGCGGUAUCACCAACUUCUUCUCUCAGAUGAUUGUCGGGUUUGGCUACUCGCCCGAGGAAUCUCUUCUCUACGGCACACCCGGAGGCGCUGUCGAGAUUGUAGCACUCAUUGUUUGUGGGUGGGCCGGAGACAGAUACGGCCAUCGCAUCCUGAUCGGCAUGAGUGGUCUUCUCCUCUCCAUCCUUGGCAUGAUUCUCAUCGUCGCGCUACCACUUUCCAACAAUUCUGGCCGUCUCGCCGGCUACUACCUUACCCAAGCCGCACCCACAGCCUUCGUAGCCCUUCUCAGCCUCAUCAGCUCAAACGUCGCGGGCUACACCAAGAAAACCACCGUUGCUGCUAUGUACCUGAUCGGAUAUUGCGUCGGUAAUGUCAUUGGACCCCAGACCUUCAAAUCCAAAGACGCACCUCGCUAUGUUCCCGCUGAGAUCACAGUCAUAGUGUGCUGGGGUGUUUGCCUGGCGCUUCUGGCAUUUGUAUAUCUGUUCUGUGUGAGGGAGAAUCGAAGGAAGGAGAAAAUUAGGGCAGCUGUGGGGUAUGUGAAGCUGGAGAAUCAGGAAUGGUUGGAUCUGACGGAUCGUGAGAAUGCGGAGUUUGUGUAUACGCUUUGA